AAUGGAGUUCACGGAAUCUUCACCGCCGCAUCGCAAAUCAUCUCCGGCGAAUUCAGUUUCCCGUAAAAAAUCCGCCGGUGUACUAGCUCCGGUGCUGGACCAAUGGAGCACAAAAACACCAGAGAAACCGAUAAAUCCUCCUUUCAAUGUCCAAAAUCGCAGCGCCUGCUCCCUAGUCUCGUUGAAAGACGUCAGAGAAGCAGCUCAGAAGCUACGAACACCAGCCCCAACCCGACGCGAGCUGAUUUAUGACCCGUUAUUUAGCUCCGAUGAGCAGAAAUGUUCGUCGGUAUCUGAAUCGCCAGUGGCUGAACAAAAGAAGCGUGUAAAUUCAGUAAUGCUGCCGGUAAAGUACGAAAUGUUGGAAAAGUUCUUCAACAGCAUGUAUAGUUCAAUUCGGCUGCUGCAUUUGAAGGGUUCUGCAACAACUUUCACUAAUAUUAGUGCCAAAGUUCAGAAUUUGACUGAUAAGAGGUUUUCUUACAGCCAUUUAGCUCAGCUGAAGUUUAUUUUACCUGAAGCAAUUGAGAUACAGAAGAUUCUCAAGCAUGAUGAGCUCACUUGCUGUAUGAAGCCAGAUCUUUAUGUAACUUUAAAUGCCAAUGCAAUUGAGGGUAGUGAGAAGUGGAAAUCUAACACUAGCAGUGUUCUGUUAAGGAAAGUUUUCCGCUCUCGGCUCUUGGAUUUCUUCAAGUCCCACCCUGGGGGUGAUGACAUUCCUGAGGAAACGCUGCCUGGGCCAUUCUCACAGUCUAAGCAACCAGUGACCAACUCGUCUAGACCUUCUGUCUCGUCCUUAGCCAAUGAGACACCUGAUGGUGCAUUUUUGCUGCAGUCAGUAGCUGCAUCACACCUGUCUGGCUCUUUUAGAAGAUGCUUUUCAAAACAGGCAUGUAUUACUGGAGGAAAUGCCAAGGAAGAAGAUAGAGCUGGGCUUGUGCCAGUUUCAAUACCCCUCAAAGUCGAAAGUUCCACUAAGAAGAAAACAGUAGCAUGUGCUGAUGCUCCUAAGUUAUGUUCAAAACAAACUAAUAUGAAAUAUUCAUCAGGAGGGAUUGUUUCGGCUAGUUCACCAUCAUGUCAUCCACCUGCAACUCCGAUGAUCGAAGCCAAAAAGGGAGAGAAUGGUUCUAUGUCAGCUCCAGCUACCCCUUUGCUUGAACCUCCUAAUAGAUGUUACAUGAGUCCAGACGAUGAUCCAGGUGAAUCACCAAUAAAACUAGCUAGACACUCAUCGACUAGAAGGUCAUUGUUCUUCGACACUCCUGUGCGGAAUGCAAAUGCUGCUGAUCAAGUCCGUGAGAGUGAAAGGUUUUCAACCGAUGAUAUUUUAGACAUUCUUCCCGAGAAUCUUCUGAACUCGAUGGGAGAAAAAGAGAGCAAGGCACUAGAGCAGCAAGACCCAGCCAUAUCUCAGGCAAAAAGGCGCAAACAGAUGAUUGCGUGUUUGCCUCGCCUCUUUGACAUGAUUUAUUUCCUAUUUCAAUCUAUUAAGCGUUCUGUCAUGACGAAAGAAGAGCUCAUGCACAGACUAAUUUCCAAACAGACGGAGCUUGCUGAUAAAAGAGAAGUUGAAGAGCAACUUAUAUUACUGCAAAAACUAGCUCCUGAAUGGAUUUAUGAGAAACCAACAUCUAGUGGAGUUCUCCUCUUAUGUGUUAACAAGAUAUCAAAUCCUGACACAAUUCGAUCAAGACUGGCUGAAGCCAAGUUAGAGAAGCAAGAAAAUGGUGAUGGUACGAUAUUUUACCAACUUAGCAAGGAAUGACGAUUUAGUUGAAGUUUGUAAAUAAUAGUGUACUGUUUUGUUUAAUUAGGUAGAUAUAUUUACAGUACCACUUCUGCAGCACAACGGAUAGUGGAGUUCUGACUUUGUCUCGUAUAAAGUCCGCAAGUCGACUUUAUAUGAGACCAACUUUUAUUUUUUGGUUUUUCAUCCGAUGUGCGGUAUCUAUAUUUGGUCCUACUAAAUUCGAAUUCGCGUCGGAAAGUUUCACAUUGGUAAUAAAUCGCUUUCUAACAAAGGCGAUUCCAUAUC